AUGCAAUCCUACAAUUUGUCUUCGAAGCAGCCUGGCCCCGGUUUGAACAUGAACAGCCGCUUGGCCGCUCGCUGCGGGCUCGCUGUCCUUUCGACCUUCCUUUGGGCAGUCUUUGCGAAUUCCAGCUUCAAAGUAGCUCAGUAUCCCGAAAUCCUGAACCAGACCGUCGGCUCCAACGCGACUUUCUACUGCACCUUCCCGUUUGCUCGGGAUGUGUCCAGGGUCCGGGUGAGCUGGUGGAGGGACGACGAGCAGGAUUUCCUCCGGGAAAAGAAGGAUUCCAGGUAUCACUUUGAAAUCCGGAAUAAAGCCAGCGCCGCCUUCCACCUCCGGGGCGUGGAUGUCUCCGACUCCGGGCUCUACUUCUGCCGCGUUAACAACGAGGGCAAGGUGGCGAUCGGGAGCGGCACCCGGCUCCUGGUGACCGCUUCCGCGGAUUCUCCCCAGAUUGUCCCGACCUUGUUUGGGAGAGAGUCCGCAAUAUUCCUGAGACUUGCCUGUACCUCUGGGGCCUUUCAGUCAGACGAGAUCAGUAUCCGCUGGUUUGUGAACGGCAGCGAGGUGCUGAGCGGAAUCCGCAGCCAGGUCGAGCCGAGGCCGGACAAACGCUUCAGGGCUUCCAGUUACUUGGAGGAGAAGCAGCCCGCUCGCAAUGGGACGGUGUACAGCUGCCGAGUGUCGCACGGUGGCCAGCGGGUGGAAACCCGGUACAUUUACAUCUCCGGUGCUGAAGCUUUUGCAGAGCCAGAAUCAGGUGUUCUGCCGUGGUGGAUCUAUAUCUGUAUUGGGAGUGGGGUUUUCCUCCUGCUGCUUCUGAUUAUUACAAUAAUACUUUGCAAAUUCUGCACGUGCAGAGACAGACGGCGAAAAGGAGAGAACAGAUGUGCUCAGCAUAUGCAGAAACCAGCUAACUUCAACAUGGCAUAUACAGCUAUGGACGCCAGUAGUCUUGCAAAAGAUACAAAGCGCCAGCACAUGGAAAGGAAAGCAGAUUGUCCCCACGUCCCACCGAGAAACCCACAGAGAAAUGAUGAGCAUACUUAUGCCACAGCACAAUUCAGAAAGCAACAGGGCAAAAAGAUGGGCUACACUGUGCAGUGAACACACUUCCACUGCACCAAAUACAAGCAAAAAGUUGGUUCUCCAAUCUUAGCUCAAUGUGAAUUAACGUGGCAAUAUAACAGCACCUAUUUAAAUGGUUAAUUCAAAUGAUAAUAUCUUCAAUGCAUUUUUUUUUCAACUCCGUCUCCUCAAGAAUACCAGCUUUAUGUUAUAAAUGGAAGUAAUGAACUGAUGUUAAUGACAGUAAUCUCAUUAGAGUUAGGUAACAAUUGUCUGAAUGCAGCACUCGGUAAAGGAAUUGUGUAGUCUCCACAAAUUAAAAUCAGAAGCUGAAAUUGGAUUUGUAAAUUACAACAAAAAUAUCAAAUUCUCUCGCUGACCCCUCCAUUCUCCCAACAUCCUUACCUCGAACAGCACAAAGUACUUUAGCAAACAAAGCAAGCACAGUAAUCUCCGAUGAUCAUUUGACAAUUUUGCUGUUCUUACUUGAUUGUGCAGAAUUGGUAGAAAAGUUCUCAGGAAGGGUCACCCGACCUGAAACAUUAAAUCUGCCUUUUCCUUCACAGAUGCUGCCAGGCUGCUGAGCUUUUCCAGCAACUUUAUUUUUGUUCUCAUCACGGCAGUGUUACAAUACUUCGGGAAAACAAAUUGUGGGGGCACACUUGAGAGUUUUCAAACAAUAAAAAGAGCCAAUGAUUAUGAGUAUCACGGGGGAGUUUGUGCAGAGCCAGUAGAGAAGAAUAUAAAGUAAAUAAUGUCAUUAGCUAUACAAAACAAGCAAAUUCUACAUGAAAAGAGCAGGCAGUAAGCAAGUGCUGUUUGGAUCAAUUCUUUCACAGACCAUGCACAGUCUACACUAAGCUGUUUGAUCUCUCAGAACAAAUGAAUAGCUAAGCUUAGCUCAGAAUGGAACUUAACAAAACAUUUUUUCAACUGAACACAUUUAUUUCCACCGUUCCAACCCUGGCGCAUUCAACUAAAACCCCUGUUGCCAUUAUCUUAAUACAUUGGAAUGUGUUCCACGUACUGCUUGCUAUAUAUUCAUAGUGAACCACAUAUUUACUUGGUUUCAGAUAGAAUUGUACAAAUUGGGAAAAUAGCCAUUCAUGCCUUGUGUCUAUGUCAGCCCUUUGAAACAGCUUUUGAAAUAUUUGCACCCUUUUCUUAAAUAUAGCAACUAUUUCUAAUAAUUAUUUUACUUGAACUGUUACCAUAGAUUUUAUUUGUACGCAAAACAUUAGUAUGUUUUAACCACCAUGCUUUUAUUCUGUAGAACUCAUUUACUUUCUGCUCAGUUUCCUCCAUUCAUUAGCCUUGCCUAUUUUCUGCUAUCAGCUCACUUUGCAAUGUUGUUGACACAGUUACCAUUUAUUUCAAGAGCGCUGUCUUCCUUGGAACUGGCUAAAACUAUAAUUCAUGAGUUGCUAUACACUUCAGAUUAUCAGAUAGUUCCCACUGAUACACACAAAACAUCAAUUCAUUAUGGGCACUACAAUUACAAAUGUUUUCUGGUGCAGAGGGUGAGAUGGGGCAUCUUACUUGUCGGCAUUGACUGACACGUGGAGAAACAAUGACUGCCGAAAAAACGGGAUUCUUGGGUAAUAGAUGCAGCAGCGGUUUUGUGUUUUAAAAUUUUAAUAAUUAAACUAGUUUAUCCCACAGCGAUCCCAGUCAGUUGGAGCAGAAAUUAUAAUAGCACAUUUGUAUUUUUUUUAAUUUCUAUCUUCUGAUCUGAAUAUUGAGAUUGUAAAUGGUUUUAAUCAAAUGUUAUAACAUUCAAAAUGAGAGAUUAAAGUCAGUGGUUUUGAUCAUUGUUCAAUAUGCCCUGUGCAACUGGAGCCUUCAUUGUGUGAAUUUUAAAAGAUAUCUAUCUCUGCU